GGGCGGGGGCGGCGGGGACCCCCCUCCUGGCCCGGGCCCCGGGGCCGGACCCGCACCGGCAUCCCUCUGCCCUGUGACCCCAGCCGCUACCGGGGCCCCUGUCGGGCACCCAUCUCGCCCCCGGGCCGGUACCGGUACCCGCCCCUCAGCUGACGCCUGGGCCCCCUCCCAGCCUGGUUGUGGGGACCCCGAUUCUUUCCCCUCCCUUCAGCCCGGUACCGGGACCCCCCCAUCUCCGCACCGCGGCCCGGUACUGGGGCCCCCAGCCUGAACCCCCUUGGCCUCCAUCCCUGCUGCUGGGCCCUGGGACCCCCUUCCCACCCCGGGCUGCUCCAUCAGCACCAGGCACCAUGUUCCCGUCCCAAACCCCCUUCCGUGCCCGGGGAGCUGCGUGCUGCCCUGUCCCCCUGCCCGGACCCGGUGUGGGGGACACCCAAGGGUCCCUCCUCGCUGAGCACCCCGACCCCAGCCCCCUCUGCGCCCAGGUCUGGCUCCUGCCCCAGGGUCCCCCCCACUAGACUGUGCUCUCAGCGCGCUGGCAGUUGCUGGCUGGGGUCUCACCUGGGUGGGAAUGCUUCCCUGGGUGCCAUGCCCCGUGCCCGGGGAGGGGCUGCCCGAAGCGCUGCCAUGCGGACCUGGGGUUUGCUUGUCACCCCAGUGUUUUGGUGGCACCUUGGCCCCCUUUCACGCCUGCUUUCUGGGACGGCAUGGCCGCCUGCUGAGGUUGUGGCUUUGCUUGGUGCCCCAGUGUGGUCUCGCUCUUCCUCCCCCCUCCCCAGCUUGUUUGGGUCUGGGGGCACUUCACAGGGCUGAUGCCAGGGAGCUGGGGCGUGGGGCACUGUGACCCCCUCGCACGCUGUGCAGCGGCUUAGCAGCGUUUCGUUCCCCCGCCCUGGGUGCGGUGGGCUGGGUGGGCAGGCGGAGGGGACGGGGGUGCUGUGACUGUGGGGACCGAGCCCCUCUGCCUCGCACCUGGGAGCGCCUUCCCGCGCUUCCUCCGCUGCUUCGAUUUCUCACCUGCGCUCCUGCAGGCGUAAGGACCUUGAAGGGAGGUGAGCCGGGCUCUUAACGCGCUCGCUCGCUUUGUUCCUGCGUGGCCUGGAUGCUCAGCGCUGGGUUUUGUUCAGUUCCAUUCAAAUCCGCUCCCGGCUGUGGAUCUUGGAGCAGCGGCCGUGCAGGGGAGCUCCUUCAGGGCUUGGGCUGUGCCUGGCCUCCCGCACCCUCACCCACACUUCCAGUUCUCCCAGUGGGGAUGCUGAUCCCCGGGUUUUGGGCCUGCCCUGCAGCCUGGGGUGCACAGGAGCCCCUGGGAGUGGAUGUGCUCUGGGGCUGGGGUCCUGCUUUUCUCCCCCCUCAUCCUCCUGGGCUAGGACACUGCUGGACUGCUCAGUGCCACUCUCUGUGUCCCCAGGUUUUGCGGGGAGUGCCUGCAGCCCUGCCUGCAAGUACCAUCCCCACUCUGCCCACUCUGCCGCAUGCCCUUCGACCCCAAGAAGGUGGAGAAGGCUUCCAGUGUGGAGAAACAGCUUUCGUCCUACAAGGCUCCCUGCAGGGGCUGCAGCAAGAAGGUAAAGCUCACAGGGGAAGGCUGCCUGUCCCCGUCCCACUGCCAAUCCUGCAGCCGUGGCACCGGGGGAGGAAGGUUGCUUGCUGACUGUGGUUUGGUUUGUGGAGUCCCCUGUUCAGCAGGUCCCCAACCUGUGCCUGUGAGGUGUGGUGUCCCCUGCAUGUCACGGCUGCUGCUGUGAGCCGGGCGAGCGGGGCUGUGCAGAGAUGAAGGUGCUCUCUCCUAGCUGCCUUUGUCAGCAGACCGGAGCUAUUAUUAGACAGUGGGGACCUUCAAAAGCAGGCUGAGGUUUUCCUGCAACACGGGAGAGGCUGAGGCAAACCAGCUCUGCUGCUGCUCCUAAUAAGGGUGACCCUCGCGAAAAUGCGCUCUCACGUCUCGUCCUGUGCGAAGGUGCAGGAGCAGAUGGCCAACUGCCCCAAGUUCGUUCCAGUUGUCCCCACAUCCCAGCCUAUUCCUAGCAAUAUUCCAAAUCGCUCAACGUUUGUGUGCCCGUACUGCGGGGCCCGGAACCUGGACCAGCAGGAGCUGGUGAAGCACUGCAUGGAGAACCACCGCAAUGACCCCAACAAAGUGGUGUGCCCCGUCUGCUCAGCCAUGCCCUGGGGGGAUCCCAGCUACAAGAGUGCCAACUUCCUCCAGCACCUCCUCCACAGGCACAAAUUCUCCUACGACACCUUCGUGGACUACAACAUCGAUGAGGAGGCAGCACUGCAGGCUGCCCUGGCGCUGUCACUCUCUGAGAACUGAGGGUGACUGCAGAGCAUUGGUUUGGACCCUCCUCAUCACCCCGUCUCCUUUUGCACACUCAGCCUUCCUGCUGGGAAGGCACAGAGCUCGUCAACUGUCCGGCACCCCUGGAGACCCGCUGCCGCCUCUCUUCCCUCUCCUCUCUGGGCAAAUCCCACCUUGUUUAAGAAGGUGGAGUCUCUUUAGCGUCACACUGGACUGGUGAGUGAGCAGAGACAUCCCGCUCUGGGAGGAGAGAGGAGUUGACACUGAAGGGCUGGGAUUGUUCCUUGGUUAGGCAUUUCAUAUCCGUAUACGGAGUAUAUACCUGUGUCCAGAUCUAUUUAUUAGUAGAUGCUUUUUGGCACCGUUUGUCUUCAUGCUCUCUGUUGCAGUUGAAUAGGUACGUAAAACUAUGAUGCAUUUUAUGCACAAAUGCCCUGGCUUGAAACUGUGAUCAUCCACAUCCUUUCCAAAAAGGAAGAAAACGGCACGGAGCAUCUUUUUUUAGACUCUACAAGGCUCUUUCCAGAGAUGUUGGUCUGUCCCGUCCCGCAUGCUGCAGGCAGGAGCUGCCUCCUUUGCCUGCUCCUUGCCAGGCCAGGCUGAAUCCCAGGGCGAGACGGUUGCCCUGGUGUGCCCCGUGACAACAGGGGAUUUGGAGGAGUCCAUGGGGAUGGCACCCAGCAUCCCGUGAAACUCUCACCUUCCUCGUUUUGUACCGGUUCUUGUGAUACUGAGUUCUUGCAUUUUUCUACAUUAAUUGGCGUGAUGCCUUUUCCACAUUUUAUAGAGCGGGAACAGAAGCUGUUACUCUUCACACUGCAAUAUCCGUCACCAGGGACAAGAAUAUUUUUAUGAAACAUUAUUAAGAAAGUAUAUUUUUAAAAAAAAACCACAAAACAAACCAAACAAACGUGCUGUGGAUUUGAAAUCAGGUGGGAAGCAGGAGCCGGACCCCAGGCUGGCGGGUAGAACUCUCAGGGGGCCACGGCAAGCACAUGGGUGUCCUCUUUGGUUAUUUCUGGGCCGUUUCCUUCCCUUGUUGGCGUGUUUCUCUGCAGGUGGGUGGUGAUGGAGGAGAGGCCGGGUCAGAGCAGCACCUUGUCAGCUGGAGGAGUGGGUGCCGAGCAGCUCACCGGGCUGCCUUUUUGAGGAGCAGCCCCGCUCGUGUUCUCCAACAGCUGUUUGGCCAGCUGUGCUCUCUGGGCUGCUGCCCCUCGCCCGGCUGUGUGGUCUGGCUUGGGACGGCUCUCCCUUGCAGGCAGAGCUCUGGCAGUGCCGGCUGUGGCCGCGGGCAGCACGUAGCCUGGAGCGGUGGUUCUCUGCCCUGAGGGAGGCAGGCACGUGGGUUGUGGUGGGUUGUGGCGUGCUGCACUUGGUGCAAAGCAGCUGAGUUGUGUCUGGGCGACGGUGUGCGGGAGGGAUGUCUGCCCAUGCAGGAUCCCGUCCUCAACGCUGAGCAUCUUGUCCCCCUGAAAUAGGGGAUUGCAUCUCUCUUUCCCAGAUCUGUCCCUGGGAAUAGGGCACAUCUGGGCAGAUGUUCCGAGAGGUGCCCCCUGGUCCCUUUCCUCUUUGCCCUGCCUGCUGCUGGUGGAGUUUGCUCUGCUGGGCUGGGAGAGGGUGGAAGGGAGAUCUGCACCAGGCCGUGGGUGGGCCGCUGCCAGCCUGAGCGUGGCCCCCCGCCCUGUGCAGCACAAGUCCCAUCCCAUCUGAAGGGUCCUCACUGGUGCUGGGGGAGAGGAGCUUUGUGCUGGGACCGUGCUACCCUUUGGGAUCAGCUCAAGGCUCACCGAGGAGCUGUGUGGGGGUGGUGAUGCAUGGUACCUGCAGACCUCCAGGUUUUGCAGAGAAGAGGUGUAGGAGAGCCAUCCUCUGUGUGCCCCUACUCGGAGAAGUGCCCUUUUGUGAUUUGUCUGAGACUUGGCUCCAGCUCUGCUCUAGCAAUACAGUCUUGUUUUUUACUUUUGAUUUAAAUAGUAUGGGGUGGCUCUGUGGGCUGUGCGCCCCUCUGUGCCGCCAGCAGCCCUACGAGGAGCGUGCAGAGACCAUCUGCUCCCCUGGCAGAGGGCAGGGAAAGGGCUGGAGCUGCUCCACUCCCCUGCCUCAAGCUGGGCUAGUGAGGAGGGACGGGGUCUUCUCUUCCCAGCAACAGCAUUGCUGGCACCUGCCCAGCCCGGGGGACGUUCCUGGUGGGAUGGAGAGCACUGGCAUCUCCCAAAAUGGACCCAGGAGGAUUUCCCUGUCCCGUCCUCAGCUGGGACCCUCAGGUCCUGGUGCAGCCUCCACCAGAGCUCUCGCUUGCAGGGAGCUCCCUGCCUCUGGGACAGCACUAUUAACCUCUUUGUCUCCUUCCUUCUUUCCUUCUCUUCCUUUUUGCCCCACCACGCCAGAGCAGGGGCAGCAACAGCUGCUUUUGUAAAGCACUUUUAAGGCCCAGGCUGUGAGGGCACAGGCAGGCGCUGUGCUGACGGGCAGCUCCUGUCUCUCCCCACUUUGUUCGGGGUCGGAUCCGGCUCUGCCCGCUGCCAGCCGGGCUGUGCCAGGGAUCCCACCGCGCCGCCGGCUGUGCUCGUCAGCGUCUUACCCGCAACUUUUUGCAUAACUAGAACUUUUCACGAAACGAGCUGUUUUUUGAAGAAGAAUAAAAUCGAUUACGUUAUUUGUAGCGAACCAUUUUUCUCAAUAAAGGCAGUUUCAUCCA